CCUGCUCCUCCCCCUCAGCGGUGACCCAGUCGCCGUGGCUCCGUCAGGGCCUCUCCCGCCGCAGGAUCCCGGCCUCCGCAGCCUUCUCCGCCCCAUCGCCGCCUGCCCGGUCUCCCCUCGAUGGGCUGAAUUGGUUUUUAAUCCUCCUCCUCCUCAUGGCCUUCUCCUAAUUCGCCCUCUCUAUCUUCCUUUACUUCGGCCUUGAGUUCCCCGCGGAGGCGAAGAGGGCGCCGAGUGUGGUUAAGCUGAUGCACUAGAGGACGACGUUUCGGUUGCAUUCGCUCGAUGUGCCGUAUGGUUCUGGGAGCGGGCAGCAGUUACUUACUGGAUUCCCAAAUGUGGAUGAUUCGAAUAGUUAUUUGGUUAAGGUUGCUUGCAUUGAUGUAUGAGCAAUGUUUUUAGCAAUGAUUGUAAAAUCUCCACCUGAUUCCACUGCAAAACAGGCCAAUGUUAUCUCUAAUGAAACUUUCAUAUGGCUACAACAUAUGAGAACCCGAAAAUGGCUACAUAGCCACCAACAUACUUCACCAAUAACCGACAGUUUGGAGGUACCAAAUGAUGUCGAUUCUGCUGCACUAGGAAAAGGCCGUCACUGCUACACAAGAGGGAACAGUGAGAUCAGUACAACAAAGGAAUCUCAUCAUUUCCUCUUUUGCUUGGUCACCACAGUCCGAGUAAGCCCAGUCCAUGCCGCAGGUAGCUCUAAAAGGGUUUGCGCUGCCGGAAUAGACCAGAAGAGCAGCGGGGAACAUGCCGUCGCACAAGACGUUCAGGAUCAAGAAGAAGCUGGCGAAGAAGAUGCGCCAGAACCGCCCCAUUCCACACUGGAUCCGCAUGAGGACCGACAACACCAUCAGGUACAACGCCAAGCGCAGGCACUGGCGUCGCACAAAACUAGGGUUUUGAGGGCGCCCUAGGUCUCCUUGCUCACCGCUCUUAGACAUUGAGUUCCUUUCUUGACUAUUUCAUUAUCAUCGAUAUAUUUCCUUGAAAAAAGCUCUUUCUCACGGUCUUUGAUUGAUUUUGCUACGAAGAGAUUGAGGAGGAUGAUCAUUUGCUUAACUAGUUGGAUUUAUCUAUUGGAAUGAUGCUGGUUCGAUAAAAUUUCCAUAAUGUGAAAAUAAAUCUUAAUGUGUGAUUUUGAUGCAUGAAACAAGUGCUAAGUUUGAUUCA